GUGUCGCGGUCCCCAGAGCCCCAAAAAGUGUCGGUAGGGUCUGAGCUUCAGCCCUAAAGCACCUGAACCGCUUCGGGGUGCGGCAGGCGGGAGCAUGCUGCAAACCGGACCGAAGAAAGUGCGAGGGGUCAGCGGUGCCAAAAGCAAGAGGCAGACGAGUAAUGGGAGGAGCAACUCCGGGGCUGGCUGCCAGUGGGACAUGGGAUCCAGCGUGGAGGACUCCACCUCCCCAGGUCCGGAGCAAAGACUUUGGCCCCGUUGCCUGGGGGCGGGCUGCAAUCCCGCUGCCCUUGGCACUUAGACCUUGCACCACGGGCAGUUUGCUGGGUGGUAAACAAGCUGCCCUGAGAAAGUGGCUCUGUUGAAGUCUCUGAAAACUGCGGCAGCUGCCCCGAGGACCACACACUCUGCAGAGAGCCGGAGCCAUGCGCGUGGCCAUCAUCGGGGCCGGGGUGAUUGGCCUCUCGACCGCCCUGUGCAUCCACGAGCAGUACCACAGUCUGGUGCCCUCCCUGGAGAUGGAGGUCUACGCAGACCGCUACACGCCCCACACCACCAGCGACGGGGCAGCCGGCUUGUGGCAGCCCUACCUGAGCAACCACAGCAACCUGCAGGAGACGCUCUGGAAUAAAGAGACAUUCGAUUACCUCCUUGGGCACCUGGGCUCACCGGCAGCAAAGGAAAUGGGACUUUUCCUAAUUUCUGGCUACAACCUGUUUACGCAGCCGGUGCCGGACCCGUCUUGGAAGAACAUUGUCCUGGGAUUUAGGAACUUGACACCAAAAGAGCUUGAACUCUUCCCUGGUUAUAGCUACGGCUGGUUCAACACGGCGCUGAUGCUGGAGUGCAGGAACUAUCUGCCAUGGCUCACCAACAGGUUAACGCAGAGAGGAGUGAAGUUUUUCCAUAAGAAGGUUGAAUCUUUCCAGGAGAUGUUUGCCCAGGGCGUGGAUGUUGUAAUAAACUGUAGUGGGGUUCGUGCAGGGGAGCUGCAGCCUGACCCAGAGCUACAGCCUGGCCGUGGACAGAUCAUAAAGGUCCUGGCCCCAUGGGUGAAGCACUUCAUCAUCACUCACGACAUCAAAUCUGGUAUCUACAACUCGCCGUACGUCAUACCGGGGAGUGAGUUCACGGUCUUGGGAGGGAUCUAUCAGCACGGCAACUGGAACGAAGAAAACAGCGCCCAGGAUCACAAAACCAUCUGGGAGAACUGCUGCAGGCUGCUCCCUGCUCUCCAGAAAGCAAAGAUCGUAGAGGAGUGGAGCGGCUUGAGACCAGCGCGUCCCUGUGUUCGCUUGGAGCAGGAGACUGUCCGCCACGGCCAUUUCCAGGCAGAGGUGAUACACAACUAUGGCCACGGAGGGUUCGGGAUCACCAUCCACUGGGGCUGUGCCAUGGCAGCAGCCAGGCUCUUUGGAAGCAUCCUCCAGGAGAAGCAGCUGGCCAGCCCGCCGCAGCCCCGCUUGUGAGUUGUCUGCUCACCCGGGAUUAUCGCAACAGCAGUAGCUUAGAAAUCACAGCAGAAAGAUGCAAAUAACACAUACACGUGGGACAUCUGACCCUCCCACCAGCUCCAACACUGGUUUGUAGUGUCUCGUUUUUAGGUUGCUGCCAGUUCUGUCGCUGCUGUUUGCCAGACGGCUGAGUUCCCUCCACCCCAGCCUUGCACAACCUACCUAGAGGAAGUGCUUUAAAAUACGGACUAAUUAUCUGUGGCAAAGUGCACUUCUGGCCCUGGGGAUCAGUCUGCAAAGGGCAGGCAGGGUUCAGCUGAAAUCUUGAUGGUGCUGCAGUUCAUCUGCACGAUGGGACAGGAUCUGAAACUGAGCCGGUGCCACCUGAGGUCUUCACUGACUGCUCCAACACCCAGCAUGUAAUUAGAUUUGCAAGCUUCCCCCAGGAGGCAAAAGCUCCUUAGUAGGAAGAAGCUCUGAAGCUCCCAGGGAAGUAACAACAGUUCUAAAAGCAUGUGGUUCAGUUACAAUAGCUUUUCUUACGUUCUUGCCAGGAUGAAGCACGGGUCUACAGCACCUGGUUAGUGUAUCUGGCAAUAGACAGCAGCAGUUGCCUAAAAUGGGCUUUCCAAAUGAUGUUUUUAGCAACAAAAGCAACAUGUUCCAGCCCUGUGUACUUGCCAGCCAGACUCUAUAUAUAGCAGAGAGCAUACGCAAAAGAGCUGUUCUUGUCCCUAAAACUCCCACAGGCCCUUCAGUUUCUCAUUUCCUCCAGCCGUGAGACAUGGCUGGCACAGCAGCUCUGAGAGAGGAGCUGACAUGGGGUAGGUUGUGCCUCCUGAAGGAGUUGGGGACAGCUCCCAGGAGGGUAUGACUUUUUGGGGGUGUUCAGUGAUGCUGCUGGGGACCCAAUGCACUGAAGAUACAGUUUGGCCGAUUUUUCCAUGCCAUGCGUCCUUCCUGCUCUAAAAAACAUCAUCACAGACAAGGUACUGAAUGGUCAAGAAGCAUAAGCCUCAAAUCCAAAGGCUAGUGCUUGUCCCGAGCCCAGCACACCGUGCCUGGCUCACUCUCCUCUGUGGAUCAGCCAACUGUUUCUUACUCAUCUGUGAUGCAGCUUCUCUCUCCCUCUGAUUCCGUGUGCCAGAAAUAGCUCAUCAACCUGGUUUGUGAUGUACCAGGCAGCUGCAUCUAGUGAAUGAGAGAUGCUGCAGUGCAGCUGGGCUCGUUUUACCUCCUGGGCACAUGGAUUUAAAACAGUCCCAUGAAAAGUGCAUGUUUCCUGGCCACAGCCUGGCACCAGAGUUUUUCCCUGUUGAAAGACUCAUCUCCUGACAUGCUGCUUCAGUUUCACCAAGGAAAAGAGAAACUUGUGAAGGCUUUGUAGGAAGUGAUGAGCACUCAGUGCUGCUAGAGAUGGUCCAUGCACAGGAGAUCUGCUGCCUACGAGUAGUGGGUACUACGAGGGUACCUAUGAGACUGGUCUCAUUUUCAGGAGUGCUAUGGAGGUUACUGUGCCAGCACAGCCGUGGCCCCGGGAGACCUUCCAGUGACCUCAUUUUCUACUGAACACUAUGUGACCGCUGCGUACUUCUCUGGCUUACACACCCUGUGCAGUCAGAAAGCUCUGACGAGCUUUGCUGAGUGCAUCUGCUAAUUGUCUGCCCUUUUACAAAAGCAGCAAUGGUUACUCUCACUGUAAGGGCCAGAAUUUCUCAGCGGCUGCUGCCUUGUCCCUUUCCCUUCCUCUCUUCCCUUUGUAAAGGUGCGGGAGGGUUGUGUUUGCCUCUGCUAUGACACCUGCAGUGCUGGCAAAGUGAUGUUGCGUGGGAUUUCCAUGCCUGUGGCACUGGAGACCAAGGCAACAACUUGCUGUCGAAGGCACCAGUGAGAGCAGGUCCUGAAGUUCCUCUGGCCAUGAUUUUGGCCUGGUGCUCCUCCCAUCCUUGCAAAGUAUAAACCACCUGAUGAUAGCUGUGGUCAUUUGUGCUUUCUGCUUGUUGCUCAACUGCAGAACGUAAUCCCUUAGGCCAGCCCCGUAGAGCUGCUGCCGCAGCAGAGGUGACAGGGAACUCUGUUAGCUGCUAUGGAGCUGUGGCAGAGGUUAGGGCAGACCAGUGUCCAUCCUCAGAAGGCAGCAGAGAGUGGGUGUGUGUUAAAGAGCCUGCUGUUGUCUGGUAGCUGAGGCACCUCUGCAGUAUGCUUAAAAAACAAAGGCAGACGUAGGAAAAUUAGGAGCCCCUGUCAUGUCCAGUCAGUCUGUCAAAAGGGUUUCCCACUUUAUCUGGCAGCUCACCUGAUAUAUCGCAGCCACACUCAAAGCGUAUAAUCAAGAAAGGGACAGGAAAAAAGAAAACAAUAGCUGGAGAAAAUUUACCAUUGAUUAAUGCUAAACCUAAUGGUCUGUGAUACCACUUCAGAAGAAGCCAUUCAGUGAAAUAGCAUCCGCUUGAUUUCACUUAUUCCAAAUAUGAGAUAUUGAGGAUCAUAUUCUCCUCCCAUUUGUACUGCUGUAAAUCCAAAACCACUUACCUGAUUUCCGAAGAGCUACCCUGGAUUAGCAGAGGUGUAGCAAAUCAUUCUAUAGCUUGCAAUAAGCAGUUGACUCUUCUGAUCUUAGAGCCUACAGGAGCAGCUGUCCUGUGAUCUUACACGACCUCUUAGAAGACAAACAGAAAUGAUUAGAUGUGUAAUUUUAUUUGCGGUCUAAUUUUGCUUAUUUUCUAAAAGGCCACAAUCUAAUAUGUGUGCACAAUAAAGGUAAUAUUCAAAUA